CAGUGCCGACGCAAAGUAUUAGUCAAUAGGUAGUCAACACUUCUCAGUUCGCUUUCGUCAGCGACGUGGGGUUCGCUUUUGUAGCCGAUCUCAUAGCUACGCCGAUGAGAGUAGCAUAAACCACCUUAUUGCUUGCUACCUCCUGAGCGCAGCCAAUAUGCUGCUGGGUUCAAGCACAUAAAAUUCUUUGAUCUCCGUCCCCCUUUCGAAACCAAAGCAAAAUGAAACAAUUUGGAAUAUUCUCGCUUGCUUGCGCAUUGGCUUUCUCUUCGUUGGCACCGGCAUAUGCGUAUUCCGUUGCCCCUUCAGUACCAAGCAUUAUUCAAGGCGGAAUGGGAAUCCGGAUUUCCCAAUGGAAGCUUGCGCGUGAGGUAGCCCUGAAAGGUGAGCUAGGUGUGGUUUCAGGCACUGCGAUGGAUAAUGUCAUGGUGCGGGAGCUUCAGAAAGGUGAUGCGGAAGGAUCCUUUUUUCGCGCACUCAAGACUUUUCCUGAUCAAGAUAUGGCAAACCGGAUUGUCGCGCGAUUUUAUAUAGAGGGCGGAAAAGACCCUUCGGAGCCUUACAAAUCAAUUCCAAUGUGGACGCUCACCCCUAACCAACUACUCUUGGAAGCCAACGUUCUUGCAAACUACUGUGAAGUUUGGUUGGCCAAGCACAACGACGAUGGAUCAAUUAUUGAUGGGCUCGUCGGAAUGAAUCUACUGACAAAGGUCCAACUUCCGACGAUCGCAUCCCUCUACGGUGCUAUGAUGGCUGGCGUCGACUACAUCAUAAUGGGAGCUGGAAUACCGAUCUCGGUUCCUGGAUUUCUCGACAAUCUAUCCGAAUGCAAAGACUGUGAGCAGAAGAUUGAUGUGGACGGAGUUGCAGAGAAAGAAGCCCCGGUUUACAAGUUUUCACCGAUUGCGUUCUGGGAAGCAGCGGGGAAGCCAGAAUUGGCUGCUCCGUUAAAGCGCCCAUCGUUCCUCCCUAUAGUUUCUUCUACAAUACUCGCUCAGUCCCUUCUGAAAAAAGCCUCCGGAAAAGGGCCGACGAGAGGAAUUCAAGGAUUCGUGGUGGAGCUCAGUUCCGCAGGAGGCCACAACGCCCCUCCCCGUGGUUUUAAAUUUGAUCCUGUCUUCAGUACACACGCAGGCGGUUUAAAUGAGCGUGGCGAACCUGUAUACGGCCCCAAGGAUGAAGUCGACCUGGCUAAGUUUUGCAAGGCUUGCCAGGGUUUGCCGUUUUGGCUAGCCGGUUCUUACGCUCGACCUGAACGAUUUGCCGAGGUCCGAGCAUUGGGAGGUGCAGGUGUCCAGUGUGGUACAAUUUUUGCGCUUGCUGAAGAAUCUGGCCUCGACGAUUGGAUCAAACAGGACAUUCUUCGCAAACUGUCAGAAACCCGUUUGGAUGUGCUGACAGAUCCCGCUGCCUCUCCCACAGGAUUUCCGUUCAAAGUACUCGAUUUACCCCAGAGUCUUUCCCAAAGAGAAGUCUACGAAGCUCGUCCACGUGCAUGCAACCUGGGCUACUUGCGACAACCUUACAAACGGCCUGACGGCAAAAUUGGUUAUCGUUGCCCUGCGGAGCCGGAGGUAGCAUUUGCUAGAAAAGGUGGGGAUGCCAAGGCCACUGUCGGUCGUAAAUGCCUCUGCAACGCCCUCUGUUCGAAUGCAGGGUUUCCGCAAGUUGGAGAGGUCAAAGCCGUCAACGGAGAAAAAAUGAAGUACGUUGAGCUACCCCUGAUCACGACUGGAGACGAUAUUAGUAGUUGCCGAGACUUCAUCAAGGAAGAUGCUGAUGGUCAUUUAGGCUUUCCUGCUGGCGAGAUUGUGGAUUAUCUGCUCUCUGAAUGGAAAAGGAAGCCGGUCGGAUCCGCAGCCGAGGGAUCGAUGUCAAUUUAAAAUUGGACAGCAGGAAUCUUAAAUGUUUUAUUUGACUAGCAUCAGAAUGUGACACUGACAGUAAAUUAAAUUUUGAACAAAGCGGUUG